AAUAGUAAAUGCAAACACUGUGAAGUUGCAUGUUUACUUUUUUUCCCAAAAGGAAAGGUAGAACAGGCUGAGCAGCUGAAGGCAUAAUAAUGAUAAUAAUAACUAGUUGCAGGUAAUUUCUCACUUCUUCCAGGCAUCUUCUUUGAAUUGGGUGGAGUCAUUCCGUUUUAGCUUAAGCUUGAGCAAUAAGAAAUAAAUUUCAGAACCAAAAGACAUCACCUUUCUACUUCGCAUCUCCGCAACAAACAACAUCGUUUUCGAUUCUCAGCAGGUUUUACAACUUGCAUUGAAGGAACAUGGAAGAUGUACUAACCGAGAUUCCACCACCUUCAAGGUUCUUUCAGGAAGAUCUCAACAAUUUCGCAUCUCCAUUGCCACCGCUUCCAUCUCCUUUCCUUCUGUUUUCUAAUCCUAAACCUGAUCAACCUCUUUGCCCAUCUCUCCUUAUCAUUGCCUUAUCUACCCCAUCUCUUUAUGUUUUCAAUCAUGUAUCUUCAAAGACCCUAAUUGGCAGUGUCUUUCUACCUGAGAUCCCUUUCUCAGGCAACACUAUCGAACCAUCACUUCGAGACAAGUCCUGCAACAUAUAUGCCCUAAAUGAUGCUGAUAAGUCGACUCUUCUGGCAUCCGUUCAGUGCUCUGUCAGUGCUGAGAGAUCUAAUGCGGUUGCAAAGUUGCUUAUUGGUGGACAAAUCAUCCCCGAAAGGGUUCUAAUCUUGGAUUCAAUUCAAAGCCAGAAUUUCCGGGGUAAGCUCUCUCCAGAUGAGACACAUGCUUUCAAGCUAGAGACAUUGGCAGAGAGGAAAGGACAAGUUGAUGGUUGUGGAGGUUCAUCAUUCCUGAAAGGUUUAGAAUAUUUCCCAUCAGGGAGUAUGGUGGAUGGCUUGUCAGCUGCACUCUUAGCCCAAUGCCAGAUGAGAAACAUUAGAGGAACUUUAUGUGUUUCCUGGCCUGAAUAUGGUGGUUCUGUCAUAGCCCUAGUCAAAUCCAUACUGCAAAAGAAUGUGUUGCAUGACUUUGACAUGUCUAGCGGGGAGGCUGAAGAUAAAUCUCUAAGGUUCAGCCGGAUUAAGGAUCAUCCUUGUGAUUCUGAACUGUACACCUGAUUUACUAGGUUAGAAAUGCUUAUGUGACUAACGUUUUGUUACUCUUACAAAGUUUUGAAAUAUACUCUGAGAUGAAGGAUAGUAUCUGUUUUUCAUUUGUCA